AAUGGUUAUACAUACAUUUUAGUACAUUAGUAUUUUAAUUUUAUAAUAUUUUAUGGAAUUAAACUUUGUAGUGAUCAAUCAUUUUCAGAUAAUAAAAGAUGUGUUCAACGAUUGUAGAGAAUGGUUCGGUCGCGACGGACAAUUAAUUAUUAAGAUUUCAGACUAUAAAUUUUGCACUUACAUGCAAAACUCCGUAGACAAUUAUGAUGCCAUUAUGAAUUACAUAACAAGUUUUGAUUUUCCACAACAAACCAUAAGAGAAAAUUGGAUAGAUUUUCCAAUAUUUAGUAAAGUAUUUCGAGGCUAUUGUAAUAAAUUGGGUGUAUCCGUUGAAAAAUUCGCUCAAGAAAGGAAAGAAGCAACAAUAUCAAGGAGACAAAAAGAGAUGGAAACGAUUCGUAGAGACGAGCAAUUUAAAAUGAGUAAAUAACGGAGGUAUUAUUAUGGAUGAAAAUUAGCUGAUUGGAUAGUAGUUUAAUAAUAAUAUAGAAUAUAUUUGUAUAUAAACAUUUAUUUUUAUUUAUUAACAUAUAUUUUUAUUUAUAUUUUAUGUUUUAAACUAUCUUGAGAUGUUAUUAUAAAAAAUGUUUCAAUAUACAAUAAGUCUUAACGAAAAAUGAAUCCAAA